CGCGAUGGUGGUGCCUUGAGGAGAACAACAUCCAGGAUUAAUAUAUGGGUUAAUAUGGUAAUAUAUGGCCAUCGUGUCGUGAGUCCUGACGUGCAGCACCGCCCGGCCUGCGCUUACACAUCGGCGUACUACUGGUACUAGAAAACUCAGGUCUUGGCCCACGCAGCUAGCGCGCUCACUUACUUAAAGCGGCAGGAAGUGCCGAUCCAGCAGGCAGUGACCAGAAGAAAGAGCGAGUAACACAGCAGAAAAGAGAAGAGACUGAUCGAGGCCGGAGAUCAUGAGCAGCCGGGUGUGCGUGACCGGAGCCGCCGGCUACAUCGCGGCCUGGCUCGUCAGGAAGCUCCUGGAGCGCGGCUGCGUCGUCCACGCCACCUUGCGGAACCUCGGGGAUGAGAAGAAGACGGGGCUGCUGAGGGAGCUCCCUGGCGCGGCGGAGCGGCUGGUGCUGUUCCAGGCGGACAUCUACGACGCCGCCACCUUCGAGCCGGCCAUCGCCGGCUGCGAGUUCGUCUUCCUCGUCGCCACCCCGCUGCAGCACGACCCCACCAGCACCAUGUACAAGAACCCAACCGAAGCAAUCGUGGACGCGUACCGCAUCAUCCUGCAGCAGUGCGAGCGGUCCAAGACCGUGCGGCGCGUCAUCCACACGGCCUCCGUCUGCGCCGCCUCCCCGCUCCGGGAAGACGGCGACGGCUUCAAGCCCUUCAUCAACGAGUCCUGCUGGUCCCCUCUCAACCUCACCUACGGCUUCACCAACGAUCACCUCGACUCGUACGUGUGGUCCAAGAGCCUGUCGGAGAAGGAGCUGUUGAAGUACAACGAGCGCGAGAACCCGGCGUUCGAGGUGGUGACGCUGGCCUGUGGGCUCGUCGGCGGCGAGACGAUCCAGCCCGUCCUGUGGAGCAGCAUCCCGAUCAUCGUGGCCCCGCUGACGGGCAACGAGGCGUACCACAACGCCUUCAAGUUCAUGCAGGCGCUGCUGGGGUCCGUGCCGCUGGUGCACAUCGAGGACGCCUGCGAGGCGCACCUCUUCUGCAUGGACCGCCCCGCCAUGGCCGGCCGCUUCCUCUGCUCCGCCGGGUACCCCAGCAUGCAGGACUACGUCGCCCGCUUCGCCGCCAAGCACCCCGAGCACAAGAUUCUGCUCAAGAAGGUGGCAGGUGAAGGGGUGAGGGUGCAGUCUGAUACGAACAACCUCGUGGAACUGGGGUUCAGGUUCAGGUAUGGAGUGGAGGAGACCAUGGACUGCAGCGUGGAAUGCGCCAAGAGAAUGGGGGAACUCUGAUCUAUGUGUGGCCUUAGCUAUGCAGGGGAAAUCAAAUUUGAAUUCGAGUUCUGCGUUCGCGGUUGCCAUCUUGGAUUCAAAGGAUGAUUUUUUUUUUCCUUCGAUAUUGGUGUGGUUCGUUGGUAACCCCCAGGUACUACUACUGGACCGGGUUACUUCUUCCGCCAGUAGUUGCAAUGGGAUUCCUAAUAAAUCGUACGUGUGGCGUGUUCUCGUUGUUUGAACGGUGAAAUCUCUUCCCGUUAGAAAAAGAGAGGUGAGAUACUGAGAUCCCCCAUGUGUCAGGUUCAAAUAUCGUGUUGAAAUUUAAAAGUUUGUGUCUAAUGUUGGGUGAUCUGUAAAUAUAAAGAAGUUCAUGUAUUCUCGCAAAAAUAGUUCAGAUAUUGAGUCGCGACUAA